CUCGACCGACCCUUGGCGAGCGCGACGCCAUCCGACUGCAAACGGCGCUGAAUCCGCCCAUCCCAUCUUAUCCAGUCCGCUGGCGUAGCCUUGAGUAUACAAUACCGAUUGUUCCCCCCGCGGCUUCACCAUGUCUGGCCCUGAAAGCGCCCAUGCCGGAGGUGGCUACGACCUUCUGAGGAGGGCAACUCAAGCAAUGAUGUCAAAGUACGUUUGGUUGUCUUGUCCUUGUGUCUUUGUCCGUCUUUCAGCCCUUUAUCCCGCGCUCUGGAAGUCUCCGUGUCGUUCCGCGAAGCGGCUUGGCCCCGCCAUCAUCUUCUCCCACGAUAGCCUUGCGAGCUACCAAGUAGUAGCUCUUCAUGGGCCAUAUUUGAGUGGGACAAAGCAAAUCAUAAUCAAACCUCAUCUGCUUGUUUCACUUGUUUGUUUUUUGCCAGUUUCCCGUCGAGCCAGGAGGAGGAAAUCAACCUUGACUGCGACUCAACUGCCGGUGGAGAUCUGGCGCGCAAGUGGCGCUGGGUUUGACACAAAGCACCCGAUCUUGGGCAUUGAAACAACUUCAACAAUGUCUCGUUACUCGACUACGUGAGCCAAUGACUGGUGGUUUGCCUGGUGCUUCUGGUGCUUCUGGCAUAUUCCAGUUUAUGCUCCGCCUUACAGCAUUUCCGCUCCGAUGGAAGCCAAGAGACGGGCAUUUCACGCAACGCUUAUCAAGCCUGUGGCGGGGUGUCUUAUGAGCUUACUGCUAUCAACCACUCGUCCUUGCGGGCAACCCGAAAACG